AUGACGUUGGCACAAGUGUUGCCCAUAGUUACCCUUUACGCUACUGUGUUCUGUCCAAAUAAGCAGCCUCUUGGUGGGAAUUCCGGGAGAGACUAUCUGGAAAGGAACGGUCCGGAAACAUGGGAAAUAAAGUGCUGUCCUCAAGGUUGGAGAUUUGUUCACAGGAGAUGUUCGUGUGUCCCCAUUAAUGGAUUAUCAGGUUUCCGCCGACAUACUGGUGUUGGAAUGCAUAGACUUCAGCCAUCCAUGGCUAAAGGUUCGGGAAACCUGUACUUUACUCAGGAUGGGCGUGGUCAAGUGGAUAUGAGAUCUACUUCCGGUGCCGAUUUACAUCAUUCCAUUAAUCAUAAUACAUUUCAGCUUGCAAAUUUUAUAAAGGGCCACCGUGCUAAAGAAAACUUGAAUUCCAAUCGAAGAAACGCAUUGUUACUUCGACAACAUAGACUUAAACUUCAAAAUAAUCUGCGUCAAAACCAGCUGACGCAGAGAAAUACAAUCAAUAGUGACAUUCUGCUGAAAGGAAAGCAGAUCGUUCAUAUACAACAUCCACACCGUAAUGACAAAAGGAAACUCGUGAUAUCAAACAAUAAUUCAGGGCAGGAAAAUAAAAUAAAUGUAAACCGCGGACAAAAUACAUUGAAUAUCAACAAUGGCGGCUUUUCAAACAGUUUAGGAAGCAAAUCUAUAUUAGGAAGUAAUGCAAACACUAUCGAGGGAACACAAUGGUUUCCUGAUAUUUCACGUGAUGGCUCCGGAUCCGGAAACGGUCUUCCAGCAAAUAAUGUUGCUAGUGCGAGCAUCUUAAAGAAUGGAUUUGGUGCAGCUGGGUCUUCGUCAAGUAAUGGUAACUUUCGGAACAACAUUGGAGCAGGGACAGCUUUAACAUCAACAGAAACUAUUGAUCUCGGCGGUCGAAGAACACCAGGAAUGUCUACAGGAAUAGGUGGCAAUGGAAAUACCCUCAUAAAUGGAGGAGAAAAUCUUAAUACAAUGGUAAACGACAUCGGUUUCGGUGAUCCUCUACGCUCAAAUGGUAUUGGAGUUGGAGGUUUUAAUGGUAAUGGAGGACCAACGGUCAGUGGGAUCAUUGAACCGAAUUUGGCUGAUGGCAGAAACUUUGGUUUUAAUAAUGGUGAUUCUUUCUCAACAAAUGUGAAUCCAGAAACGAAUUCUAAUUUGAACAUACGUAACACAUUAAGCGGAAGUUUGAGUCAUGGAGGAAAUUCCAAUGUUCCUCUCCAUGUUGCUACUUCAAAAUUAAGAAACUUGAAUGAUAGGAACUCUUUGAUUAUUCCGUCGCAAUCUAUAGAAACGGGUUCUGAUUUAAACAACUUUGGAUCUACUAAUUUACUACCUGGCAGAGAUUCAAACGUAAUAAGUGAAAAUCUCAUCAUGGACCCUUUUAUUUCAGAGACACGUGGAGCCCAAAGUUUUAACUUUAAUUCACUUGACACCAGUCGCAAUCCAGACCAUGGAGCAAAUAGCUUUGAUCAAAGCAGUAUGCUCAAUAUGGUUGGAUCAUUAUCAAGCAAAGACAUAACCGAAUCAGGUCAGCAAUCUGGUAAUACUAAUACAAAUGGAAUCGGACUAGGUUUAUCAACCGUACAUGGAGCUGAACAGUUUUCAGCUUUGAUGAGAAAUGGAGAUGGCUCUGGAGAAGUGGGUGGACACACUAUUCCGAAUGGUAACAGUUUGGAAUCUAUAAAUGGACAACAGCAAGCAUUUUCCAAUUUAAACGGCGGCUCUUUUAAUGAAUUACUAAACGGUCCUAACUCCCGCACGACCAUGUCAUUAAUUGAUCAGCUGAUCGCCUUAAAUAUGGCAAAUAGUAUGCUUGAAUCUGGGUCCAAAACUGGAGAUUUGUCGGCAACGAAUGUCCAUGGUAACUCGAUGGGUUUACGCGAUAACACAAUUCCGCCUGCAAAUCCUGAGAUCAUCACAUCGUCCUCAUUUGAAAACAGUCUACCAACAGAUCCUUCAAUGAUGAAUAAUGCAAUGCUUCUUGCCGAUACGAGGAUCUUGGAAAGUCCAGUUUCUCCACCGUCAAGACUGGUCACGGAAACGAUAUUGUUGAACACUAAAGAUCCUGGCAGCGAAAUGCACACAGCUGAUAGGAUGGUAAAUGUUGAUAUAACUGCAAGCGAUGCCUCAUUUCGAGAAAUAUUCAACAAUGAUUUAUUAGCGAAGAAGACUUCAACUCAAGGACUUUCUGCAGAUGAGCUUACAAAAGGAUUUCAAACAGGGAGCUUUAUUGAUAAUAUGGGUAUGGAGGUAACCAGAGGAGCAAACACAGGUGGGACUGAUAUUGAUGUCGUAAACAGCGGAAUUGUAGGUAAAGGUAUGCUCGGCAGUGAUUCAAGCCUAAGGAAAAGGACGGAUGGAAUGCCUGUAGGAUCAAGUCCCUUCAGCUUAAACACAGACAUCGGAAUAGCUGCAGUUUCAAGUGGUGGUACAAAGGUUCUCUUUGAUGGCUCCAUUAAAAAAUCACCACAACAGCCAAUCAGACCUUUGAACACGCCUGGUACUAAGGCAUCUAUGUCUUCCAGGGUAACUAGCAAUGAGUCUGGAUUUGGUUUUGUGAACAUCCAAAAUGUACCUCAAAUUGUACCGAGGCCUUUAAAUGACCAAUCUGCAAUAGAGACAUCCAUAAACCAGAUCCUGACAAUAUCAGCAGCAGAAACAGCAAUAGUCAAAGCAGCCAAAAAAUCCAUGUCGAUUAAGGAAACAGCACCCGACACGUCAGCGAAAGGACGUUUCGUUACUCAGACUGGACUGGAAUUAUCAUCUCUCAACAUCAACAGAGACAAUACCCUCUCUGCAGAUGUUUGUAUGGGUUGUACUAUGGAUGGUGGGCUAGGCUACAUUAGACAUCCCAGCCGCUGCGAUCAGUUUGUCGUCUGCUAUCCAGAUCGAUCUGGACUAUUUAAGCCCCAUGUCCAAGAUUGUCCUUAUGGUCAAUUUUGGAGCAACAUUGAUGUCACUUGCAAACCUUCCAAGGAUGUAAACUGCGAAAACGAUUAUUGUAAAAAGCUCACAGACGGGUACCAGUACUCUCAUUCAACCAAUUGUGUAGCAUACUGGCAGUGUCAGGCAGGCCAUUCGGUCAUCCGAUGUUGUCCAGAGGGUCGAACUUUCGUCCAGGGGGAGGGAUGUGUUUACAGCUCUGUUUGUACUGACAGAUGUCCGGUCAGCAGCCCACUACAAUUUAUGUGGCAAGUAAAUUGUAACAAAAGACCAGUGACAACUGAUGUAACGACGUAUGAGAAACACGUUUCGACAGGCUGGGUGUCUGAGAAGUGUAGUGUUGGACAGAUUUACAAAGGCGAGAUAUGUGAUUGUAUACCAGCACAUAUGGGUAACCCUACCUAUUCGUUCCAAGGAGAUUGCAAACCUGAAGUUUUUCUCCCGUUUGACACUGAUUUCAAGGAUUAUUCCGGAAGCAAAACCUUCGUUAGGACUGAAAACGUUACACUUUCCAAUGGCGCUGCGUGUUUCGAUGGUACAUCUGUUAUUGCUAUGCCAAAAUUUGCAAAUAUGGAUUUCGGUAAAACUGUUUUUAUGAAAAUCAGAUACAAGCAAAUGGACCUUAAAGUAGACACCGAAGCAUUGUUGUACAAUGGCGACUGUGAAGACAUUCCAACAUUAGUUGUGGGCACAAAACCAUCAGGAAAUUCAUUUUCCGUAAAAACUAAUACCGGAGCAUUUCAGACAUCUUGGGUUCCAUCAUCUGUUGAUCCCGCAGACUGGAGAGAUGUCACUGUAACCAUCAGCGGGGGGCGACUUGAGGGUCAAUCUGGAUUCAACGCUAGGGAUUUAGACGUCUCAGGUGGGAUAGCCAGGUCUCACUGUGGAAUCAAACUUGGAUGGGGAAAGAAGUUUAAAAGUUUCGUCGGCUGCAUUGACGAGGUAUCAAUAUACCGAUGUAUCCCGAAUACCAGUAUGGCAGCAGAUGGCUCAAUACGAACCUCAAUUGCUGCAAAAUGA